AUGGCCACAAUGCCAUUCUCACCAGGAGAUUCUAUGGCCCAAAAACAAUUGUAAGACGAAUAAUGAAACAAGUUUAUCUCAGGGUUUUGAAAGGUGAUCAUAAUUUUAUUUCCCUAAAGAGAAAGUGUUGUUUGAUCACAAACAAAAUGUUCUCAACACAAAAUUACAGUGUCAUAAUAACAAUUAGAGUUUGACUUGAAACAAAAUAAAAUUGUUUUCAGACAAUCAACAACUCAAAUCAACACUCAAAUUUUAUUCUACAGUAAUCCGGAGUCAUCAAACGCUGCAUGUAAAGGUGAUAUCAGAUGGAUGAAUUUCUUUUCGUCGUCAAUCCCGACGGUAUACACGUAGAUGUGUUUGUGAGAAGUCAAGGAUGAUAAUGUGUGUCUUGAUUAAAGGCCAAAUCCCUCCUUUCCUUCCGCCCUCUCCCACGCGCUCAUUUUUCCCUCCGGCGUUUCUCUUUACAAUAAGUUCUGGGACCGGAAUUUUAGUUUAGUAGUCAAGAAGGAAUGGCCCACGAACUCGGCCAGAAAACCGAUUAAAAACUGCUUUUCCCCUCGAUUGUUUUACAGUAAUCUGAUUACUUUUCUCCGCGGAGAUCCGUCUUCGGACCUCACUUGUUUCGGCCCCAAGUUUUCUCCCGCCUCCCAAAUCAAGCCAAUUGGAUGCCGGCCCCAAAUUUCAGCGCAAUUUCCUGGAAGAAAAGUUUUAUUUUUAUAAUCGGACAUUAGAGUUGGUGUUCAGGUUAUAUAUACGAUAGGAUGAAGAAGAAGAAGGAGAUCAAGGUGGUGGUAGUGGGUGAUGGCUCUUGUGGCAAGACCUCCUUAAUCAUCGCCCAUUCCUCUGGCCAAUUCAGCGAGCAAUAUAUUCCUACGGCUUUCGAUGACUUUUCUGUUGAAGCAUUGGUUAAUGGGAAGCCGGUGAGGUUUUAAUACUUUUAACAAAAAUUGCGUAUGGAACGGUUUUGUAGCCAGGACAAUUUUGCCACCACAGAAACAAAUUUUUAAUUGCUUCUUUUGACUAUUAUGUAGUCAGCGGCUCUUUGACGGUGCCACCGUUAUUUUCCGUUUUUUCUUUUGUAAAUCGUUAAUUAAUAAUUAAUUUUUUAAGUACUUUUUGGCAAAAAUAAACUUUAUUUUCGGACUCUCCACUCCAAAAUCCCAAGCCCCGAAAAGGCGCUAUCCGAAAAGUCUCCCACUCGAAAAGACGCGCCCGAAAUGGCACCACCCGAAAGAGGGCGGACCGAAAACUUGUCGGAGCGUACCGACAAGUUUUCGGUCCAUCAACCGACUCGUCGUGGGGUGGUCCUCAAGGCUUUAAGCCUAGAUUGGUUACGUUUAUGAACAAAAUGAAUUGUUAGAAAAGUGAUGCUAAGAUUCCGUCGGUUAACGUUAAGGUGCCGCUGACUGAAUAGAUAGGGAACCAAUCAAUUAAUUGUUUCUAUGUGGACAAAACCCUAAAAAAUGGUGGGGCCCAAUCAGAAAUUGGGUUGUUUAAUGCAGAAAUUUAUUUAUUAAUUUAGGACAUGAUAACCGUCAGUGAUACAGCUGGAGAAGAAGAUUUCAGCUCGAUGAGGCCCCUCAGUUACCCAGAUGCGGAUGUGUUCCUUGUUUGUUAUUCCGUCGAAAACACCGAUUCUCUAAAACAUAUACAGGAGAAGUGGGUACCUGAGGUAAUGUGCUGUAAUUUUGUCUACUGAGGGUACUGUAGUAGUUGUAAGAAACUACGUUAUUUUUUAAAAAAACUAAUUUGAAUAAGGAAGCGUUUUAAAUUGGAAUUUUUGUGGGAAAAACAAAUUCACAAGUCGGAAUUGGCCAUAAGGACAUUAAAGCAUUUAAGCGUGGUCAAAGACCUCAGGGCAUCUACUUGUUGACCUUGAGCAUGUGCACGGCCGCAGGGAAUUUAUUCAAACUAACUUGUUGACUUCAAAAACGGCAGCAAAGACAUACGGAUCUGGCUGUCUAACGUUCUCACAUCCCACUUAACCUUAUGUAUUAUUAUCAAUAUCUGAAUGCCUAUUUCAGAUCCGCCAUUUCUGUCCGAACACUCCAAUUGUGAUCAUUGGGAACAAAAAGGACAUUCGAGAUGAGAAUAAUCGACCGGUCGUAUCGAUCGAAGAGGCAGAACAAGUCGCUAGAAAGGCCUCAGGCGUCUCCUUAAUCGAAUGUUCGGCCAAGACCAAGGAGAAUGUGAAAAAAGUAUUCGAAAUGGCAAUAAAAUCGGCAUUGGCGUACAGAAAUCGACGGUCCAACAGAGUGGUCGAGUCCAUCAUGAAACUUCGGUUCGUAUUCUAA